AUGGAAGAACAGAAAGCAGUCCACCUCCUCGCGUUCACUGCUGGCCAUUAUGUUUCCAAGUCAGUCAUAAGGCACGCGGUGAAUGCCAAGAGCGGGCUCAAGCGACCAGAACCCGGCCGCGGAGGGGCAAGACGGGCCCCGCGCCAGUGUCGCGCGCGCUCUCAGUCGAGUCGCACGCAAUCUAGUCGCCCGCCUGCCUCCGUCUGCCGCCUCCGCCACGGCCCACUGCCGCCUGCCGCCCGUUGCCUCCAUCGCCCACCCUCCGCUGCUACUACUCCGACGCCACUCAUAAUCAUGGUAAGAAAAUAUGAACGCAUUAGCGGCCGUCAGUCGUGGAGUGAAGAAGAAAUGGCUAAAGCAGUGGCCGCAGUGGUAUCUGGUAAAAUGGGAUACAAGCUGGCUGCGAGAACCUUUCAAAUACCCCGUUCCACACUUCAAAGGCGGGCCAGCAAAGUGCGAUACCAACAACCAGAUGAACCCAAACCUCUAAUGGGGCAUUACAGGAGAGUAUUCACAGAUAGUCAGGAGAAAGAUCUCGUCGGCUUUAUAAAGAGCAUGGAAAAGUUUUUCAUGGGCGUCACAAGAAAAGACAUUAGGGAAUUGGCGUUCCAAUACGCUGAAGAUAACAAUUUGAACCACCCGUUUGAUGUGAACGCUAGAAUGGCCGGCGAAGACUGGGUACGUAAUUUUCUGAAAAGGAACCCGGAGCUACUCAAUAAGUCCGAUAAAGAGUACGAAUUGGAGCCCGUUAACUUCGAUCAGUUCUACCACUUCAUGUGUCAAUCAUGA